CGCGUGCAACUUCGUCGCGGCAGCCCCUCCUGGCUUCCGUGCGCUUCCGCCGUUCCAGGUCUUGACAGCGGGAAAUCUGCUCACAACGCGCAAGUGGUCCUCGUGCAUCAAGGACGGAAUGCGGCAGCCCGUGUCGGUCUUCGCACCUUGACGAGAAAAAAAAAACGAAGGUUCGUCCGCGCGUCGUCUCUGCUGACUUCCACGUAGGCGUUGUUUCGAAGAACGGUGGCUGUGCCAUCGAGUGACUUUCCUUCGCCUACGACGAGAGCUGAAUCGCAGGACCGACACCCUCGUCGUGAACCCUCUCGGGCGCCUCACGAUGUUACCAUCGCGUGCGACCUGGACAGACAUCUUCACCGGUAAUUAGCAUCCGCGCUAUCGAAACGACAAGCGGUGAGGAAACGCUUUCGUUUCUGUCUUCAGCAAGGGCGUUUGCCGCUGUUUCUAGCAGGCCGGUAAAGCGGGUGGCCUGAAGGAAACGUCACUGUUGCUCCUGAAGUUGACCUGAAGCAGAAGACACUGUUGCUAGGAGGCCCGGAGUCCACCCGAAGCAGAAGACGCUGUUUCCACGAGGCCUGAAGUUGACCUGAAGCAGAAGACACUGUUGCUAGGAGGCCCGGAGUCCACCUGAAGCAGAAGACGCUGUUACCACGAGGCCUGAAGUUGACCUGAAGCAGAAGACACUUUUGCCAGGAGGUCCGAAUCGGACGACCUGAAACAGACGUUGAUAAGGUCGUGGUCGUGACUGAACUGUUCGCGCGCUCUACUAAGGUCGACAUGGCACAAAGCGCAUCGUUAACGUCGUCCAAGGCGAGCGGAUCGUCUCGGCUCUCGUUGCAGACGGUCAACAAGUCGAACGCGUCGGAAGAGGACAAGGGUCAAGACGUGGUGCCCGGCUUGCUCUACUACGAGUUUCUGCCCCUCGUGCGUCGUUCCAAGACCACAAGUCUCCUGGAGUUUCAGGCGUUUGAGGACGUAGUGGAGCGUGCCAGCGACUGGUACCGGCAGAUCUGCGGCUACCGUGUGGUCUCCAUGGAGACGGUGCAGUUCAAGUUCAGGGACCGGGAUCCGGCUUCCUCUUCCUCUUCGGGGGAAGCGAAGGGAUACCGCUCUUCCCGUUCGGACGAAGAGCGCGCAAGCCUGUCGGCGCAGAAGCACUACUACGGCGACGGGCUCAGGGUGUGGCUGUUCCCUUGCGAAGCACACAUCAACGGCGGCGUGGAGCUGGGCUACCUCGACCUAGAGCCGCAGCUGGUGGAGAAGCCGGCCGGCUGCAUCCGCUACGAGACGGUGCCCGACCUGCUGGAGAGAUUCAACGCCGAGCAGACGACCGGUGCGAGGCCCGUCCCGGGCAAGGUCAUCGGCGUCGAGUCGCGCGACGUCCGCCAACCCGAGAAGAUGCGCCGCGACGUGGCCCAGGGGGACGGCUUCGGCUACUUCCAACUCUUCAGCCUGCGCAUCUUCUUCUACAGGGGCCUGCCCACUCGAGAAAGGAUACAGGUGCGCGACAUGGUUCCGAAGCCGCUGGACGACUACGCCUUCGAGGACUUCACCUGCGUGCUCAAGCGGGCCUCCCAGUGGCUGCAGAGCGAGAGCCCUCUCAAGCUGUACAACCUGCAGACGCUCUUCGUCAAGGCCAAGAUCGACGUUCCUCCGGGCACGGCGCUUUCCCGCAAGGUGCGCACGCUGGUUCGCUACCUGAAGGUCCUGCGCAUCGUGUACAGCACGUUUCCCGAGAGCGCGGCCGAGUUCGCGAGCCUGAGCUUUCCCCGGUGCCUGUCGCACCGCGUGUUCAUGCCCGCCCUCAGCCGCGGCGGCCGCGACCUGCCCGUCGCCGAGGCCAUCCGCGCGCUCAAGGCCAACAUGAGCCUCUGGAGCGUCGCCCUGCGCGGCAAUGUCCUGUGUGCCGAGUCGCUGACCGUGGACUACGACCCAUCGGGGCGGGGCUCGAGCAAGAUCAACGCAUCGGCACCCAGAAAGUCCGAGAUCAUGGCGGCCACCAACGCCAGUGGUGCUGCGCAACGGCGAGCACGUGUAGUGCUCUACUUUCGCGUCUACACGGACGCGCCCGAGCCUCCCGAGAAGGCGGCCACCGCCCCUCCGGCAUCCGCGGUCGUCAGCCGGCCCCGCCUGAGCGCAAGCUCCACACUGUCCAGCAGAGGCGCAGCUGUUGAGAACCGGAAGUGCCGCAUCAUGUGACGUGGGUAACGUGCCUGUCUACUCGAGCUUCCCAACUGACACGUCACUCGACAGCGCCUGUGACAUCUCUUUCUUGCCUUGGUUGAAAUAAAGCUGCUUCAUGAACAAA